AUGGACUCGCCAAUACUACAACCACUCAAACCAGCCGGGAAACGACGGAGGCGAAUCAACCAAGCGAACCAGGACACCAUCAGAUGCUUCAUUUGUCAAGAAAAGUUUGCGAAAUAUACUUGCCCGAGUUGUAACCUCAGGUACUGCAGUGUUGACUGCUUCAAAUCCCAAUCCCACUCAGCCUGUUCCGAAUCUUUUUACAAAAACGCAUUGUUGGAAGAUUUUCAGCUUGAAGAUGGAUCGUCCAACGGGUCGGCCCUCAAUCUUCUCAGGCAACGGCGAUGCUCGAGAUCUUGA